AUGGCCUCAGCCCUCUCUCCGAAGCCUGUCCUCUUCCAACCCAAGACCGUUGGCGCCGUCCAACUCAAACAUCGCGUCGUUCAAGCCCCUUGCACUCGAGUCAGAAAUAACAAAGCUCAUGUCCCUGUCAUCCCGUUGAUGAAAACGUACUACGAGCAGCGAUCCAGGGUGCCAGGGACCUUGCUGAUCACAGAGGCUACUCUUAUCGCGGAUGAGGCUGGCGGGUUACCACACGUUCCAGGCAUUUGGAACGACGAACAGGUCGAGGCAUGGAAACAGAUCACUGAUGCAGUCCACGCCAAUCAAUCGUUUAUCUUCCUCCAACUAUGGGCGUUGGGACGAGCGGCCGUCCCCGCUGAUAUCCAAGGGAAAGGUUUCCCCUACGUCUCCGCCUCCCCCAUCCCUCUUUCCACCAAUCCACCAGAAGCCCCACGUCCCCGGGAGCUAUCUAUUCAAGAGAUUCAGAAGUAUGUUGGUCUGUUUGGGAACGCUGCAAAGCGCGCUGUCGCCGAUGCCGGUUUCGACGGAGUGGAGAUUCAUGGCGCCAACGGAUACCUCGUCGACCAAUUCCUCCAAGACGUCAGCAACAAGCGCACCGAUGAGUACGGAGGAAGCAUCGAGGCUAGGUCGAAGUUUGGCUUGGAGGUCGUCGAUGCAGUGGCCAAGCAGGUUGGCGCAGAAAGGACAAGCAUUCGUCUGAGUCCGUGGAGCACGUACCAAGAUAUGCGAAUGAAGGACCCCAUGCCUCAAUUCGUUCACUUCGUCACGGAACUCGCCAAAUCGCAUCCUAACUUGGCGUACAUCCAUCUCACCGAAGCAGCCGCCAACGGCACCCCACCUUCGGAAUCCGAGUCGAACGAUCCCUUGAGGGAAGCCUGGGCACCCCGUCCAUUCAUCAGCUGCGGUGGUUAUACCCGGGAGGCCGCGAUUGACGUUGCGGAGAAGAAGGGUGACCUCAUCGCUUUCGGAGCUGACUUCAUUGCCAACCCUGAUCUCCCUUACCGACUCGAGAAGAACUUGGCUUUGAACCCCGUCGAUCGAAGCACGUACUAUGUCCCUGGUUCUGAGAAAGGAUACAUCGAUUAUCCUUUCUCUGAGGAGUUCCUCAAAGAGGAGAACCUAUCCAAGUUGUAA